UAAUAAUUUAAAAAAUGGAAGAGUAAUUAUACAAAAUUGUCAUAGUUGGGAAUAGUGCUGUUGGAAAGUCUUCAUUGCUAAUUCGUUUUUGCGAUGAUCAAUUCAGAGAUAUGUAUCUGAGUACAAUUGGAGUUGAUUUUCGUUUUAAAUCAUUGAGGGUUAAUGGAUAAGGUGUUAAAUUGUAGAUAUGGGAUACUGCUGGUUAAGAAAGAUUUAGAAAUAUUACUAAUUCUUAUUACAAAGGAGCAUAAGGAAUUGUUGUUGUUUAUGACAUUACAAAUCUAAAGUCUUUUGAAGAUAUCCGUAAAUAUUGGAUGAAUGAACUCAAUCAUUAUGCUGAUGAAAAUGUGUUAUUGAUGCUCUUAGGAAAUAAAAGUGAUUUAGCAACUGAUGAAUCUAGAUAAGUAACCACAGCUAUGGCUGAAGAAUUAGCCAAAGAAUAUAAUCUAAAAUUCUUUGAAGUUAGUGCUAAAACAAGUGAUCAAGUAUUCAUCAUUAUUUUUAUUACAUAGGUUGAAGCAGCAUUUCAAGCAUUUACUUAAUUAAUUUAAGAAACUGGUAUAGCUGGCAAAGUAAAAAAACCAUAACCACAACAAUAUUUACAAACUCCAUUACCUUAAGAAGACAAAUCCAAAAAAUAAGACAGUUGUUGCUGAUUUAUUUGUUAUAUUUUAGGACAACAAUAUAAUAUAUCUGAAG